AGAUAAUAUACAAAGCAGGGUGCUAUCCAUUCAGAACCUACACAAAGCCAAAAUGUAUGUAACAAGACAUCUUUCAGCGUACAGAAGGUCUCCUGAUGCCCUCUCCUUGCCUCCACCGGAGGGUCCGAGUUCUGGUAUUCUGGUCAUCCAAGAUGAAGAAUCGGAGCCAACUUGUUGUUUCGGAUUGUGCAAGAGUAUUGACAUCAAGCACCUUCCUUUUCCUCAGAACAAGAGCCUGGAACAUCGAUACUCAACAGGCUUCGCAUCUACCCAAGUUCUUCAUUUUCAGAACAUUAUCUUCAUUCCAGUCAUUAACCAGCCCCUGUCUUCCAAUCUCUACUACGCGAUACAAUACAAGAAGCAUAAAGGGGAAGCGUACACAAGUUCAACGGCGGAGGAUGAGACCACCUGCUGUUUCGGCGGAUACGCCACCGAUGUGCCACCACAACCUUUGGAUCCCACCAACGUAAAUCAGCAAUUUGAGAUCCGUCUCAGAGGAGGAAUCGUCAAUGAUUGGGGGGGUCGUUUUACUGCCAAAUCCGUAGCUCCAGAUGGGUUUCCUCCAUUUAUUUUGGGGAAAGUAAAGUGGAAAGUGCGUGCCUCAGCUUCCCCUGAAUUCGAUUUAGGUGAAGCGCAAGGCGUUGACACAACCCUCCGUGCCCACCUACCAGAAUUCACCUUCCCAUUAUCAAACAGGAGCUCCCAACCUGUGGUGGUGGGAAAAUGGUAUUGUCCCUUCGUGUUUGUUAGGGAAGGAACACUGAAAUCGUGGAAGGAUGCGAUGACUAAUUUGAUAUAUUACGAGAUGAAGCUGGAGCAAAAAUGGGAACAAAUAUUUGCAUGUGAGAAUAAGAGUGAAGGCAACGCUGUGGUUGUGGAUGCUCUUGUGGAAAGAGAAGUUGUCACAGUUGGUGGAAGGGAAGCUGUGGUUGAUGAGAGGAAUGUGGGUGAUAGCUUGGUGUGGUUUAGGAGCAAUGGGGACGCGGGAGAAGAAACUUGUGUGGCGUUAAGUGAAGUAAUAGUCGAGAGAAUGAAGUGGGAGCAGGAAAGGGCCGGGUGGGUUGGGGGAGAUGGAAAGCAGGUGAGGGUCAAGAGAGUAGAGGAGUUUGGGGGGAAAGGUGGGUGGAGGAAAUUUGGUUGUUAUGUUUUGGUUGAGCGGUUUGUAUUGAAGCGACUGCAUGGAGGCUUGGUGCUAAGCUAUGAUUUCAAGCACACUCAUCAGAUUAGGAGCAAAUGGGAAUGAGAAUAUUGCUGCUCUUUUAAUUAAAUUUGAUUGUAUUAGCUAAAGAAUUGUGAGCAAUAUGUAAAGAACCGUGUGAGAGGUGCAAAGUGUCGCUUUGCUCACUUAGAUGGCUCUUUGAACAUGUAUUCUCAUUGAACAUCAAUUGAUUUUUAGAAUCAACGGUCAAAAGUUGGAUUCAACAAGAAGAUUUGAGUGAUUUU